AUGGCAUCAAAUCAGAGUAGUGAAAAAUCUCGUUUAAUUUCUGCUAUAGAAUUAGUCGGUGCUGGUGGAUAUGAUAAACUUCGAAUUAAAAAGUUUCCAUACCGAGCACCAGAUACUGAUGAAGUUGUCAUACGUGUCAAAUUUGCUGGACUCAAUUUUGCUGAUUUAAUGAGACGCCAAGGUCUAUAUUCACCAGUACCAAAGUUUCCGUAUGUGCCUGGCUUUGAAGCAUCAGGCAUUAUAGAAGCAAUAGGCUCAAAUGUGUCUAACUUGGCUGUCGGCGAUCGUGUUGUUACAUUUGCUGGUGAUGGCAUGUGGGCAGAUACUGUCGUUGUUCCUCAUGAUCAUUGCUUUAAAAUGCCGGAUAAAUUAUCGUUCGAAGAAGGAGCUGCUCUACUUGUUAAUUAUAUAACUGCUUAUCAGAUUUUAUUUGAAUUUGGAAAUUUACGACCAAAUAAAAGUGUACUUAUACAUAUGGCAGCAGGUGGUGUUGGUAUUGCUGCGAUUCAAUUAUGCAAAACUGUUGCAAAUGUAACUGUUUUUGGAACAGCUUCUGCACCAAAACAUAAUAUUAUUAAAGAAGCAGGAUGCACACACCCCAUCGAUUAUCAUACACAAGAUUACGUAGCUGAAAUUCGUAAGAUUUCACCUAAUGGUGUUGAUAUAAUUAUGGAUCCAUUGAAUGGAGAAGAUAGCGUACGUGGUUAUGAUUUACUUAAGCCAUUGGGUAGAAUAAUUUAUUUCGGUGCAGCCAACGUCGCUGCUAGUGGGGAAAAUCGUUCAUUAUUAACAGCAUUUAAAACUUGGUAUAAAUGUUUUUCAACAAAUUCGCUAUCGAUUUUAUCAAAUAAUAAAAGUAUAGCUGGCUAUCAUCUAGGUUAUUUAUUAAAAGAUCUUGAUACUACAAAAGAAAUAGCAUUAAAUACCAUCACUGAAUUAUUUCGAUUAUAUAAUGAAGGUGCAAUUAAGCCACAAAUAGAUACUAUCCAUUCAUUUUCAAAAGUUGGUGAAGCUAUGCAACGUAUGCAUAAUCGGCAAAAUAUUGGAAAGAUUUUGUUACGACCUGAUGAUGAAUCUGAUACUAAUAAUACCGAUCAAACGAUUACUAAGCAAGCACAAGAAUCAGAAAGAGAACAAGCACAAGAAAAGACUGAUUAA